CUGUGCGGGAACCUCUGCCGAGGAGGGUGGUGUCUGGGUCUUUGCUGUUCCCACAGUGUGAGCAUUUUCCUGUUACCAGAAAGGCCGUUUGUUGCAGAUCUUGAACCUUGCUGCCUCCUCCCUCCUUCACAACAUGCACAUUCAUCUCUUCUCCGUGCAUUACUACUGAGAGAGUGCCAGCGCCGGUUGUCUGAGCACCAUUCACAAGCCUCCCGCCCAUCUGUGAAUUAUUCCCUGACUCUUCAAUCAGGGCAGUGUUACAGGUCCUCUGCCGGCAGGAGGGAGCUCUCCCACAAAACCCAAAGACCCAAAACCUUUCGGAAGCUGUGACGAGCAGACUAGGAAGCCACAAAACAUUGGCAAGCUGAACGGAUGUCUUAAUAAGCUUUUAGAUGUGAUUUGCCCAGUGUUGGCAGAGGAAGCUCAAGGGGAAAAGGCAGCAAGCAUUGUCAGGUAAAUCACUGCAGACCCACUGGGCAUGACAGCCCUAGGAAGCUAAUGGUCUCUCCAGGAAAGAACUGACUGCAGUUAUUCAGCCACAGAACAUGAGGUAGAACGGGGAGGACCGACCCCCAGAUGUCCUGAAGAUGGCAUAGUAAUCAAGGCACCGUCCAAUGAUCAGGGGCAUCUGUCUUCGUGGGUGCCAGCCCUGGCCAGUGGCGUCGUGUGGAGCUGAAGGGACGCAUCUACCUCUAUUUGGAAACCUCUUUCUCUUCUAAUUCAUGAGCCAGCAGGAUGCGGUCGCUGCGCUUUCAGAACGCCUUCUCAUAGCUGCAUACAAAGGUCAAGCAGAGAAUGUGGUUCAGCUCAUCAACAAGGGCGCCAAGGUAGCAGUUACCAAGCAUGGCCGGACCCCUCUGCAUCUUGCUGCCAAUAAAGGUCAUCUUUCUGUGGUCCAGAUCUUGCUGAAGGCUGGCUGCGACCUCGAUGUUCAGGAUGAUGGGGACCAGACUGCCUUGCAUCGUGCCGCGGUGGUGGGGAACACUGAGGUCAUCUCGGCGCUCCUCCAGGAGGGCUGUGCCCUGGACCGACAAGACAAGGACGGGAAUACGGCCCUGCACGAAGCGUCCUGGCACGGGUUCAGCCAGUCGGUCAAGCUGCUCGUUAAAGCGGGAGCCAACGUGCUUGCCAAGAACAAGGCGGGGAACACGGCCCUGCACCUGGCCUGCCAGAACAGCCACUCCCAGAGCACACGCGUCCUCCUGCUGGGCGGGUCCCGCGCCGACCUCAAAAAUAACGCAGGCGACACCUGUUUGCACGUUGCCGCGCGCUAUAAUCACUUGUCCGUCAUUAAGCUCCUCCUCAGUGCUUUCUGUUCUGUCCAUGAAAAGAACCAGGCUGGAGACACUGCGCUUCAUAUUGCUGCUUCUCUAAAUCACAAGAAGGUGGUUAAAAUCUUACUGGAAGCUGGAGCAGAUGGGACCAUUGUUAAUAAUGCAGGCCAGACCCCCCUGGAGACUGCCCGCUACCACAACAAUCCAGAAGUUGCUCUUCUCCUCACGAAAGCUCCCCAGGUCUUGCGCUUCAGCCGUGGGCGAAGUCUGAGGAAAAAGAGAGAGAGGCUCAAGGAAGAGAGGAGAGCUCAGUCUGUGCCAAGAGAUGAGGUGGCACAAAGCAAGGGAAGUGUCUCGGCAGGAGACACCCCUAGCAGUGAUCAGGCAGCACCCAGAAAAGAAGAGGCCAGAGAAGAUUUCCUGUCGGCCUCCCCAGAGCCCCGAGCAAAGGACAACAGGAGGAGAAAGUCAAGGCCCAAGGUGUCAGCAUUUUCUGACCCCACCCCACCUGCAGACCAACAGCCUGGACACCAGAAGAACGUACAUGCUCAUAAUCACCAGAAAAAGAGGCCCAGGCAUCGAUGUUCACCCCCACCCCCUCCCCACGAGUUCCGAGCCUACCAGCUGUACACGCUGUACCGGGGCAAGGACGGGAAAGUGAUGCAGGCGCCAGUAAAUGGUUGUCGAUGUGAGCCCCUGAUCAGCAAGCUGGAGAAUCAGUUGGAGGCCACUGUGGAGGAGAUCAAAGUGGAGCUGGGAUCAGUUCAGGAUAAAAUGAAUACAAAGCUGGGGCACAUGGAGAGUAAGACCCAGCACCAAAUGCGUGUUCUGGACAAGCUGAUGGUCGAGCGGCUCUCAGCAGAGAGAACGGAGUGCCUGAACCGCCUGCAGCAGCACGCAGACGCCGAGAAGCACGAGGGGGAGAAGCGACAGGUGUCCUUGAUGGAUGAAUUAAAAACCUGGUGCAUGUUAAAGAUUCAGAAUCUGGAACUGAAGCUUUCCGGAGAUUCUAGGGCCUCUAGGGCUAAAUCCGCACCGUCUACUUGCGAGUCCUCUACAGGUGUGGAACAGUCCGUGGUGACGGCAGGUCCAGUGGCAGCUUCUGACAGUUCCCCUCAGGUGGUCAGGCCCAAGGAAAAGGCCCUCAACUCCACUGCUGCGCACAGACCCCAGCCAGAGCUGUCUUCCUCGGACUGCACAGGCUCCCGACUGAGGAAUGUCAAGGUCCAGACAGCCUUGCUGCCCUUGAAAGAGGCAGCCAGAGGGGAUCAGCAGCCCGGGCCCUGCGUCGACCGAGGCACCCAAACCAGGAAGUCAGGGAAAAGUGGGCAGACGAGGCAUCGAGCCCAGCCGCCAGCGCCCGGCACCACUGGCGGGCAGCCGCCCCCCGCCACAGGCAGCGAGCGGACUGCCCCUCACGUCCGAGAGACCUCCCAGGCCCUGGAGAUCACGCAGUACUUUUUUGAGGCUGUUGCUACCCAGAUGGAAAAGUGGUAUGAAAGGAAGAUUGAAGAAGCACGGAGCCAAGCCAGUCAGAAAGCCCAGCAGGACAAGGCCACACUGAAGGAACAUAUUAAAAGUUUAGAGGAGGAACUUGCUAAACUAAGGACGAAGGUGCAGAAGGAAAACUAG